CUUCUUUCUCAUCUCACCAGUCUCACUGAGAUUGUGUGCUCUGAACAUACUGAGGGAAUUCAACAGCAGCCCUUGACAUUUUGUUAUUUUUAACAUUUAAAUUCGAAGUUUGUCAAGUUUAUGUUAGGAAGAGUUUAAAAGUUUAUUUUCUACAGAAAUAACAGUGACUUAAUCGCCAUUUAUGAUCUGAGGAUGGUAUUGAUGUGCGCGCCCUGACGCACAGACGGACACGCGCGGGUUUAUCAAGAGGUGUGAAGUCACGGUGUCGCCUUAUUCUUAGCUGGAUAUCGCACUUGCUCAUACAGUUUUACGCUAAUAUUAUGGUGGACAGUGGAAGCACGUGAAACUGGUAUAUUACGGGAAUGGCUUUCCAACGACGUUUCAUAACGACCGGUAAAUCAAUAUGGUUUCAUAUUAAACUGUGGACGUCUGCAUAAGCCUUUCACCUGUGAAUAAACACUGCCAAAAUGGAGACAUGGACGUUCAUUUCCAAUAUGUCCCUCCCUAAGUCCCUUCUUAAUAAUAGCUUCUUCCCAGGAAACGAAUCCGACUUUGGUCUGGAAAUUUACCCCCACAAUGGCUCUCACUCUGGAUUUGGCCAUACCAGUUCAGUAGUCAUCACGUUUGUCUAUUUUGUAGUAUGUGCUGUGGGGCUAUGCGGUAAUGCCCUGGUCAUAUACGUCAUCCUCCGAUAUGCCAAGAUGAAGACGGUCACAAACAUAUAUAUAUUAAACUUGGCCAUAGCAGAUGUUCUGUGCAUGCUGAGCCUGCCCUUUAUUGCCAUUCAACUAGCACUUCUCCACUGGCCCUUUGGGUCCGCUAUCUGCCGCGUCGUCCUGACCGUGGAUUCAAUGAACCAGUUCACCAGCAUAUUCUUUCUGACAGUCAUGAGCUUCGAUCGCUACCUGGCCGUGGUGCAUCCAAUAAAAUCCACCAAAUGGCGAAAGCCGCGUGUGGCCAGAGCUAUCAGCCUGGCCAUGUGGGGUGUGUCUCUGCUGGUCAACCUACCGAUUAUGAUCUACAGCGGUGUGAACACUAAAAGGAACGAAGCACGGACGUGCACCAUGCUGUGGCCAGAGCCACAGAACAACUACUACACCGCUUUCAUCUUCUAUACAUUUUUCUUGGGCUUUUUCCUACCGUUGAUAGUGAUCUCCAUGUGCUACCUGCUCAUCGUCAUUAAGGUGAAGUCUUCGGGCAUGCGGGUGGGUUCCACAAAACGGAAGCGGUCGGAGAGGAAGGUCACACGCAUGGUGUCCAUUGUGGUGGUGGUGUUUGUGCUUUGCUGGUUACCUUUUUAUGUAUUUAACGUGACCUCUGUGACUGGAACUGUGCCGUCCACACCUGUGCUGAAGAGCACUUUUGACUUUGUGGUGGUUCUGGGUUACGCAAACAGCUGCGCCAAUCCCAUUCUAUAUGCCUUUCUGUCGGACAACUUUAAGAAGAGUUUUCAAAACGUCCUGUGUUUGAAAAGAGUCAGCGGCUUGGAUGAGAUCGAGCGCAGUGACAGUCGACAGGACAGGACUCGAAUGGUCAAUGACGUCAUGACAGAAACGCAUAACGCAGCGCUGCUCAAUGGAGACCUUCAGACCAGCAUCUGUACAAAUGAGGCACACAUGCACAGAAAUCUAAACACCGGACCACCCAAUGUCUCCAUUCUCAGUGUGGGAAUGGCACAAAGUUGCCCGGAGGGGAGGUACUUGGACAGGCUGGUACGAGAGUGUGUGUCCUGCAGCAUGCUCUGUCAUAAUUCUGUGAUUCUCCCACGCUGCUCAGAAUAUUGUGUGGCCUGGAGAUGCAAAUCUGUGCCUGGCCAGUUCUAUGACAGACUGCUGAAGAAGUGUUUGAAGUGCUCAGAGAUGUGUGGCACUCACCCCUCAGCCUGCUCAGGAGUGUGCAAGACAACAAACGCCGUGUCCGUGACGCAGAGGCCUAACCGUGUGUCUGCAGUACAGCUUUUCACCACCAGAGGGCGCUCGGCAGUCCGAUCAGAGCUGUACUCAGAGGUGCUGGUUUAUUCUCUGCUGGGUCUGUGUAUAGCAGUACUCAUGUGCACACUCACCGCAGCCGUACUGGUUCUGCUAAAGAGAGCAAAGAGCCACAAACAGGAGAACCUGCAGCCAAACAAACAUGGACAGUCAUCUAAAGAUUCUCUGAUGGCUCGGGCUGAUAAAACAUCCCAGGAGGACAGUGUGAAUCAGGACAGACCGAAGGCAACAGAAACCUGUGUUUAUUGUUUCUCUGACCACACGAGGGCGCCACACGUGGUUUACCAGCAGGCCGGACCUCAGCACUCUGCUCCCGAUGCGUGUCAGGACAACCGUCGCCAAGACAACCAUUACCAGGACAACGGACCGCUUAAUCAUCCAGCUAAUAUUAAUUACGAUAAGACAAGAUCCUUCAGAAUUAUAUGUUCACCUACACAAACAAGCAUGUGAAUAUCAAAUCAGACCAAAUAUUUGUGCUGCAUGUUUAGGCUAUAGCCUACAUGAUGUUUGGUUGUAUAUAAAAAACUGGUUGUACUGCAGGUUUAUUUCUUUAAUUCCCAUGGAAACUGAAAUGUAAUUUAGUUUUAACAAACGCUACAUUAAAUAAAGCACUGACU